AACCGUGUGUGCAGGGUUGCCUACCUAUAAAACUAGUAGAUCUGUCAAAGUCAAAAAUUUAAUUUGUUUACAUUUUGAUAUGUGUGGGACUCCUUAUCAUUUAAAGUAUUUCUUAUCAAUGCCGGGUUAUAAACUGUUAUAUUGCUUCAAGUAAAAUUUAAAUUUCACAAGAGUCUCUGUGGGUGUUAAUUAUCACAUCUAUUACCCAAUUCAGUAAUGGCUUGUUUGAUUUAACCUCAUUUUGUAAGGCACAAAAUCUAAGGACACGUCAGUGCUUACAGAACCCACAGAUGCUGUUAAAAAGCUAUUAAAAUAGUUAUAUUUAACUGGAUCCUAUCCAGGAAACGCCUGGAAUUAUGUAUUAAGUGUCAAAGGUUUAUCGGGAUAACAAGAAAUAAUUGUUUUAUUGAGAAAUGUAUCUCACCAAAAUUUGGAUAACCUUUUCUUUAUUCACCUCAUUUGUGUAUUCUGAACAAAAUUCAGACUACUACAAGCUGCUAAAUAUCCCCCGAGAUGCUACUGUUCAAGAGAUUCGAAAGGCGUUCAAGAUUUUGGCAGUUAAACUACAUCCAGAUAAAAAUAAAGAGGACCAAGAAGCAGAAAAAAAAUUCAUUGAAAUAGCUAAAGCAUAUGAGAUCCUAAAAGACCCGGCCACUAGAAAAGAGUAUGACUUGUAUGGAGAAUCUGAGUUUAAAAAUCAUAAGCAGACAUAUCACAGUUAUUCUUACUAUAGGGACCAUUUUGGCAUAUAUGAUGAUGACCCAAUCAUAGUAACUCUGAGUAGAAGCGAUUAUGAAUUAAACAUCCUGGAUGUAAAUCAGGCAUGGUUUGUUAAUUUUUACUCUCCACACUGUCACCAUUGCCAUGAAAUGGCACCCAUGUGGAGAAAAUUGGCCAGGGAACUUGAAGGAGUGGUGAGGGUGGCAGCUGUAAAUUGUGAGGAGGAUUAUCCUCUUUGUUAUCAAUUAAGUAUUGAGGCGUAUCCAACAUUUUUGUUUUAUGAGAAAGAAGCACAUCUGCAAGAUGGUGAAAGGUACAGAGGGCCUAAAACGUUAGAGGCCCUUCAGCAGUAUGUUCUUUCAAAAGUUGAAGUGAAAAUUGAGGAAAUUGAUGCACAAAAAUGGGAAAAUUUAAAAAGGCAGCAGUGGGUAUUGUUUUUGUGCCCCCAGGACAAUGUUAAUUGCCCUGAAAAGGAUACUAUUAAGAAAACUGCUGCUGCACUGGAAGGGUUACUGCAAGUUGGUCUGAUAACAGAUCCAAAACUGUCUGAAGACAUUUCAGAAGAUUACAGGACACAACCUUUAGUAUUUUGGGAAGUUGAUAGUAAAAAAAUACCAAAAGUGCACAUCAUUGACGGUUCGGAUUUUAAGGAAAUUGUGGAUAAAAUUUUGAAUAUUUUGCCCAAUCCACCCCUGUUGGACGAAAACAAGUUUCAUGAUCUGAGAACUAAGUUAAGACUAGGCUUUGACAAACCAUGGUUGAUAUGUUUCUACUUAGGGGAGGCCACUGACCUUAAACUAGAACUUAAAAGACUUCCAACAAUGAUACCAAACAUCAACAUCGGUUUAAUUCACUGUGGGAAAAGUGCUGGUUUAUGUGCCACUUUACACAUACAACGUUACCCCACAUGGUGUGUAAUCAAACAGGGCGGGGCAUUCGAGGUGCACCAGGGCAGGGACGUAUUGCAUGAAGUGGCCACUUUUGCCAGGGACAGCACCAAGAGCACCAAUUUACACGCUUUGAGUCCUGCUGACUUUCAUAAUUUAAAAAGUGAAGGCUCUCCUUGGUAUAUUGACUGGUAUGCCCCCUGGUGUCCCCCUUGUAAAAGAUUAACACCUGAACUGAGAAAGGCCAGUCAGCAUUUUAAGCCUGAAGUGGUACAGUUUGGUACUGUAGACUGUACUUUACACAGGGAGCUCUGUUCAAGCCAGGGUAUUAGUUCUUAUCCCACUAUGUAUCUUUAUAAUGGUAGCAGUGUUCAAAGGUUUCAUGGUACCCCAAAUGAAGCGUCCAUAGUCGAAUUCCUACAGGACGCCAUAAAUCCUGUAGUCGUGAACUUAAACGAGGAUAAUUUCAGUUUACUAGCGAGAAAACCGGCGAAAGAGAUGUGGGUGGUGGACUUUUUUGCACCCUGGUGUGGACCUUGUCAACAAUUGGCACCGGAGUUUAGGAAAUUAGCAAAAUCGCUGUCCCAAUUUAAAGAUAUCAUCAUUGCCCAAGUGGACUGCGUGGCCAACAACCAACUUUGUUCCUCCCAAAACAUCGGAGCUUAUCCCACUAUAAGACUUUAUCCUUUGGGAAGCAAAGGGAUGAGUACGGUCGCGGUGCAUAAUGGGCAAAGGGACGCGCUCUCCCUGAAACGUUGGAUAUUGAACUUUUUGCCAUCAAACGUGGAGGCGUUAAACGAGGUGGAGUUUAGGCAGCAGAUUUUAACGAAAAAGUAUUACUUGCCCUGGCUGGUUGACUUUUAUGCCCCCUGGUGUGGACAUUGUGUACAUUUCGAGCCUGAAUAUAGGACUGUGGCCCAAAGGUUAAAUGGUAAAGUACGUUGCGCAAAGAUUGACUGUGAGGCCCACAGGGUGUUUUGUGGACACCAAAGGGUAACAGGAUAUCCAACAGUAAGGCUGUAUUUAAGCCCCAAUAAGUAUUUUAAUAUUGAGAGCCAAGAUUCCGGCGAGAUUGUGAAAAGGGUAAAGAAGCUUAUUGAGGAGCAUAAAGAGAGUAUUAUGAUGCAUGACGAGCUGUAAGGAUUUAUUUAUCGUUGCCUGAGGACAGAAUAAGAUUUAGGAUUUUAAAGACUUAAAAAAAUGGUUUUAAAGGACUACCAACAAGAGUAACUUAAAGAAUCCAAAAUGAAGGGUUGAGAAGCCAAGGGGUACAAGUCAUAUAUUUUUCAUAAUGGAGUUAAAUGCAGAAACUUACUCUUAAACACUUUAAAAUGUUCGUGUCCGAGGGAGAUAAGUGGAACUAUCAUGUGUAUCUAUCAUGUGCUAACAUCUAGUGGCGAAAAAAAAAACUACUGCUUAAAAGUGCUUUUUAGUUUAGAAGUCAAGGGAUACAUGUGCCGCGAGUCACUUGUACCCAUUGGCUUCUAAAAAAUAGCUGAUAAUUUAGUUUACUAAAGCUGUUGUUUUCUUUAACUCA